UGUUGGUCAAAAUGGCCGCCCCCAUGAUGAAAACAUGGUCCACAUGAAACGUCUGCACAUGACAACAACUGAACAUUGAUUUGGUCAACAAUGCCUUUAGACUACAGACAGAAAGUUAUCCUCGCCCCUAUGGUGAGGGUGUGCACCAUCCCGAUGAGACUGCUGGCCCUCGAGUAUGGAGCUGACCUUGUAUACUGUGAGGAAAUUAUAGACUUCAAGAUUUUGACAGCCAAACGAAAAGUAAAUGAUGUUCUGGGCACAGUUGAUUACAUCCUGAAUGAUGACAUCGUUGUGUUCAGGACAUGUCCCCAGGAGAAACACAAGCUUGUGUUUCAGUUGGGAACAGCAGAUGCAAAGAGGGCUCUGAUUGCAGCCAAAAAAGUGGAGAAUGAUGUUUCUGCCAUAGAUGUCAACAUGGGCUGCCCCAAGGAGUUCUCCAUCAAGGGAGGAAUGGGGGCCGCGCUCCUGUCAAAACCAGAGAAGAUCAAAGAAAUAUUGACAACUCUUGUGUCUGGCCUGUCUAUACCUGUAACAUGCAAGAUCAGAAUUCUGCCCAAGUUGGAGGACACACUGAAGCUGGUUAAGCUAAUCGAGAGUACAGGAGUGGCAGCCAUUGCCGUCCACGGGCGCACAAAGUAUGAGAGGUCACGGCAUCACAACCGCAAUGAUGUCAUCAGAGCCAUCGCAGAGCAUCUCUCAAUACCAGUCAUUGCAAAUGGUGGGUCUCGAGAUAUAAAGACUCUUAAAGAAAUCAAGGAAUUCUGGAAAGAAGCAGGCACCUCCUCAGUGAUGAUAGCACGAGCUGCCGAAUGGAACGUGUCAGUGUUUAGACCUGACGGUCCGCUCCCUCUGUAUGAAGUCAUCAGGAAGUACCUCAGAUUUGCUGCAGAGUAUGACAACAACGCCAUCAACACGAAGUACUGUGUCCUGCAGAUGAUGCAUGAGACGAUGAAGGAGCCAGAGGGACAGGCCAUGCUGGGAGUCACCACCAUGGACGAGAUAUAUGACAUCUGGGACAUGAAGGAGUUCUAUUCUGACGUUCUAAAGAAGAGGAAAGCGCAGGAAGAAAUGAUGAAAAGUGAUACAGGAGAAAAUGACCAUUGUAUAAAACGCAGGAAAACAGACGAUGGCAGCGUGUUGUAUGAAUUCCCAGUCCGAUUCAUUAAAAAGGACUAUCCAGUUGCUGUCACUCCAAAACAGCGCCUGUAUGAAUGGUGCAAGAAGAACAGGGUUGAUCUACCCAAGUACAACACAGUGGACCGAGUGGAAGACCGAUGCUUCAGCAGUGUAGUGACAGUGCAGGGAAUCAAGUACACAACUCCUUUCUGGGAGAAGUCCAAGCCAUUAGCUGAACAAGGAGCUGCCAUUGCUUGUAUGAUAACCUUGGGUGAAGACGAUGGUCGCCUGGAAGAAGCUAAGCAUGAAAAAGAGACCAUGCACCGGAAGUGGGCGCAGUUCCACAGUCAAAGUAACAAUGAUGAGUCAAGUACGAAAAGGAAGGCCACUAGUGAUCGAACUUCUGAAGAAACUGGUGUAGGAACAUUUGAAAAAGGAGACUUUGUGGAACCAGAUUCACCUGAAACAAACUCAAAAAAGACGCCAGAAGAGAGUUAACACAUGCUUAGUUUUAUAUAGUCACUCCAUUCAUACUCCAUAGCAUUGUUUUUGUCAUUCUGUCAGCUGAAGGACAUAUGUUGUGAAUAUGUAUUUAUUUCUUGACGCAACAUUUUGCUAAUUCCCUCUCCCGCCUCAAUCCCAUAACACAGAACCCAAAACGUGCCUUGUCAAGGAUCAGAGUUACCUCCCCAUGAACCCUCAUUGAGAUUCAGUGCAUGUGUUGUCACCUUCCAAGAGACAGACAUCAUGGCGACUGGAAUCUCAACUAUGUCUGCUACAAGUCUACCCAAUACCUUUGUCAGCUAUUCUGUCGCUACGCUGUAGAGCUUUCUACACCUGUUAUGUUGCAUCCAAGCGUUGUGGCACCUCCUUCAGUUACUUCAAACCUGCAUUCUUCAUUCGUAAACACCGUGGCGACUGACAGGUCUACAAGUCAAGACAUCCACAAGAAGCUACAGCAGCUUCGUUAAUUCAGAGCACUGGGACACCUACAGCUACUUGAUAGCUUUUGAGAACUUCUGCGCAAUCGAGGGUGUCAACGCCUCCAAGCCCCUGGUUGUCUUCUCGACCUUUGUUGCCACCUUUAAUACGGUCUUCUGUCAUAUUGCCACCUUCUAAUGAGUUGCCGUCUGUGCCUGUAAGGCGUGAGAUAGUGCCGUCUGAUAAGGACAGUAUCCAUCAGAUUGCUUAUGAGUAACAUGUGGUUUUGGCUGGGGAUACGCUCCCUUGAUGACUGUCUUCAAUGGUUGGGGAAUAUGAACAUCGAAAGGGAGAAAAUUUCAAGUCGUACUUUGAAAGGCGCCUCCUGUGGGUUCCAGAAGAUGUUGGCCUCUUUUUAUUUGAGGCCUCAAUCUACGAUCAUGUGAACAUCAGCUGUCUGGCAUUUCGGGCAGUAGCUGGUUAUUUUAGUGAUGCUUCAUUCAGUGUAUCUAUGUCAUUUGGUCAAAUACUGAGGGAGACAAUAUGAAUGUCUUGCAGCCAAAGCAUAGUUGACAUUGAAGUUAUAAUGUUGAUAUUACAUGGCGACGAGGACAAGGAUAGGAAUGAGUUCCUGAACAACCCUAUACUGAACGGUAAUACAGGCUUAACACAGACAUGGAUGCAGCCUGUCAAUUGGAAAGAACUUUCCUUCACAUGAACAGAGUAAACACAUAUGAUGAUGGCUCGAAACAGGCCCAUCCAACGCCAAGGGUGUAAGCCCUGUAUGUAUGGUUGAUAAAAAAUAGGCAGCACAGGCGGUAGUGAAAAAACAUUGUAUAUCUGCUGGACUCUAAAUGGGAUUUGUUUACAGGCUACUGUCAUACAAAGUAAAUGAAUCCCUAUUACUGAAGAAGUUGCGGUAGGUACAGUUGGUACAUAUUUAGCGGCAAUCUGUACCGGCAGCAUCUAGAUCGAAGAUUAGAACUGCACCAGAGAAGAUAGCAGAUGAGGAUGUCUUGAGGAUGAGUAGUACAGCUCCAGACCCUCAUUGGAUUUAGGUGUGGUUUCACUAGCAGAAGCACUAAUUCAGUUUCUUGCACAGGAAGCUGUACAUUUGUCAGUGAAAUUGUAAAUUGUAAUGUACAUUUAUACAUUGUUUUUGGACUGCUCAUUAAUUUUUUGGGGGUCGGGGUGUGAUGGAAAAACAUUAAAUAAUAUGGGUGGGGUGGGGGGAAGGGUUCCUGCAAAAUAUUAUACAGUCCUAAGGCCGCCAAUCUCACUGGCCCCCCUCCCCUGAAUUAAAUUACCAGUCUCUAAGGAUAUGACAGGAUGUGGAUGGGCCUUAAGUCUAGUCCACAACAUAGUCCAGUCCAAAUUACCAACAGAACAGCAUUGCAAACUACAGACGUCAACGCCAACUGUGGGAUUAGUUGGCAAUAUGUUGUAUCAAGAUAAGAAAUAAGGUACAUAAAAAAGAAUGUUUAAAAUAAUAAUAUACUUAUCCUGAUUCAACAGCUCUAUGGCCGACCCUGUCUUCCCCAAUCUGAAGGUUUUCAGCAGUUUCAAAUGACAGGAAAGAGAUGGUUCAAGGGGAGGUAAUUCUGAGUGGUGACCUGUUACAGAGCAGCUCCUUGCAGAGGGGCACAUUUUGGGUUCUUUGUUAUGGGAUCGAAGAGAGUGAGUGAGGGAGUAUGGUUUUACGCCACUUUCAGCAAUAUUCCAGCAAUAUUAAGGUGGGGGACACCAGAAAUGGGCUUCACACAUUGUACCCCUGUUGGGAAUCGAACCCGGGUCUUCAGCGUGACGAGCGAAUGCUUUAACCACUAGGCUACCCGACCGCCCCAGAUCGAAGAGAGAGAGUAUUUGCAACAUGUUGUAUCAGGAUAAGUAUAGUAAUAUUGUAACAAUUCUAAUGUGUAUGGUUUUCCUCACUUUGAACCCAAUCCAAUCCCACCCAGGACAUGAAACCUCUUUGGCUGUCCCAUUUAUGAACAUAUUGGAGGGUAUGUCAUAAUUUAUUGUUGACGCCAUACGAACAAAACUGGAUCACAUUUAGGAAAUGGCUUUAUAGAGAGGGUUGAUUAUGCACACUGGUCUUUUGGUUUGCGAAAAUUUGUCAGGAUGUCUUUUUUCUCUGAAAAUGUAAUCUUACAAAACAUCUAGCCCAAAAUGGACAGCUGACCAACUGAACUUGUACAUCUGGGCUAAAUACAUGGUACUAGAGUACAAACUGUCCGUCAUGCUCUUGCUGAUGACACCAUGCUGCAAGGCAUAGUUUCUCCUCAUCUGUCUUGAGGACUAUCGCUGGAUGCUGUAGUGGAAGGCCAAUGCUUUGUUACCCUGUUGGGAUUCUUGGUCAGGAAAGGGCCAAGCAACGGAUGCUAUCGUUAAGAGGCAACCAAAUGGUUCAGGUGGUUGGGCGACUUGGUUCAUAGCAUGACCAACUUUACAGCUGACUAAUUAUAAGAUUCAUGUUUAUGGUUUUGAAAGUUAUUCAGGCACAUCAUGUGAAUACCUUACAAAACAAUGUUAUAAUUUUUUUUUUUUUUUGUUUAACGCCACACUCAGCAAUAUUCCAGCUAUAUGACAACAGUCUGUAUUUAAUUGAGUCUGGACCAUACAAUCUAGUGAUAGAUAUUAUGACCAUCGACAUGCAUUGACCAAGUCGAUGAGUCUGACCACCUGAUCCCUUUAGUGGCAUGGGUUGCUGAAUCCUAAUCCUAAUCCGCAUCAUCACGGGUAGAAUGUUAUGAAUAUCACCAAACGCUUAUUAGUGCUUGAAACUAAAGGCCAAGUGGAAAUGUUGUUUUUAGUCUUCUUUAACUAUGACUGAAUUGUAGUAAUAUAUAACAACACUACACAUUGCAGUGCCGUAGCCAGCCCUGGGGGGCAGUUGCCCCCCCUAGAUUUUUUAUAGAAAACAGUUUUAUUUGAAUCAAGUAGGGGACAAGUGAUACUUGUACAAAUAUUUGCACCCCCUGUCAAAAAAAGUUAACUACGGCCUUGCAUUGAGUUGGGGGUUAAAAAGUUAUAUAUGUUUACAGACUGGUGGACAUCAUUUAAUCCAUCUUAUUAAAUAAAUUUCUUUAUCACAAAUAUGAAACUGAUGUUUUAUGCUUAGACUGUGGAUGGUUUGGACUUUCUGUGUGUUUUAUUAAAUGUUUAUGGGACCAGUCAUUUGUUGCAGGGGUGAUGGUGAAGAUAUUUCAUCCCUGAAUGUACGAGAGAUUAUUGUCCACUACAAUAUGAUCGCAUCUGUUCCAAAGAAUGCAAAGUGUGGUCGUGGGAGAAAUGAUCCAAAACACUGUUAUCUACACUACCCAUAUCUCACCUUCCUGAGGCAAGAGUGUUAACUGACCAGUUCAAAGUCCAGUUUCCACCCUUGCCAAACUGGGCUGGAAUUUCUGAAUUAUAUUUUGGCUGACUAUGCAUAGUCCGUAAAAAAAAUCACAUGAACCAAUUCAUAAUCAACAUGGUGCCUGUCGGGCAGUGUUUGGGUGACUGCAGGAUAUUUUCAUAUAUUUAAUCAAUUUGCUCUGGAGAUUUGAUCAUGAGGUAAGAUCGGUUUUAUUACAAUAGAGUGCUGGAUGAGAGAUCAAGUCAAAUUCCAGCCUCGUUCGGCAAGGGAGGAAGCUGAACUGUCAAUGUCAGUUAACUCCCUUGUCUCGCUUGGGAAGAUGCUCUCAUGAAAAUAUAAAGACACACACCAAUCAGCCAAUCAGUGUUGAGGCUUGUACAAGUGAGCAAAACAUUCAGACAAGCGUAGCUGAUUUAUGUAUGUCAAUAACUGAUAAUCGAGGAGUUCGAAAUGAAAAAACAAUAAAGAUGUGCUAUUAUAUUAUUAUGGAUA